GUAUUUUAUUUUUUGUUCGUCGAGAGCGCGCGCGCGACUCCGGCAGUUUACCUAAUGCCGGUUUCACGUGCGGUGUUUGCUGAGGUUCGCUCGUUCCGUUUGUUCCGCACGCGAUACACGAUAGUAAUAAUAUAAUAUAAUAUCUCGACCCUGCGCCGUUUUACGAGUACCUACGAUAUUAUAAUAUCGUAAAAAAUUACAAAAGAUACACAAUAACAACGAUAUAACAGUUUAUCGUUAUUCCUAUUUACGGUCGACGCCGACGUCGAGGCGUUUUGUAAAAAAAUUUUUUUUACCAUUUGUUUUUUUUGCCGCGCUACCGUCGCGGUCGUCGUCGUCGUCGUCUUCUCUCGACCCGUCCGACAUUCGACGAUGUAACGACCGUCGAGAAAAUUUAUUAUUCAGAGUAGUGUUCGCGCCACGCACCUGUAGCAGAGUGCAGGACGGCUGUCGCUACAGUGUGCGCGUGUGUUCCCCAGUGGUUUUUGCCGACCACUUUUGUACUACUAAUAUCGUCUCUGCCGCCGCUGUCGUCGUCGUCGUCGUCGUCGUCCAUUUCAAUAAUAAUAAUAAUCAUAUAUAUAUAUACACAUUGUAACCUCCCGUCUUUACCGACGCGAAUCCUACACAUUACGUUCGUACGUCGCUGCGUGGAACACACGUGUAUGCGCGCGUGUAGUCGUCCGUCCGUCUGUGAUAAUAUUUUUUAAUUUUUUUUUUUUAAAGUUUUUUUUUCUUAUUUAUAAUAUUAUAUAUUUAUAUUUAUAUUCAAUCUCAUCCACUGUCGAUCGGGGUCCAAGUUACACAAACCGAUUAAGGUGAUCAUUUUUUUACACUAAAAGUUGGUAACUUUAAAAAUAUGAAAAAAGAAGAACCAGUCAACGUGGAGACCGGAUUGGUCAUUAAACAAAAUCGGUCAAUGAGCUGUUCAAGAAUAUUAAAUCUCAUGGUUUUAGUUGGAUUUAUGGUCAAUUAUAUGUUACGAGUAAACUUCACAAUAGCUAUUGUAGACAUGGUACCUAACCAUAAGCAAAAUGUCUCGAUAGAACAAGCUACUAAUUUUUCAAUUUCACCAUUAAAUGAUACCAAUGCCACCGUAAUUCGGACUCAUUCAAGUCCACCUGGCUCUGUAAAGUUUAAUUGGUCUGAGUAUGAACAAAAUAUGAUAUUGGGCAGUUUCUUUUGGGGCUAUGUUCUUACGGAAUUGCCGGGUGGUCGUUUAUCGGAAAUGAUUGGAGCUCGACCCGUUUUCGGCUACUCUAUGUUGCUAGCAUCAAUGGUUACCUUAUUAACACCUAUGGCCGCAAAAAUUAGCAUAUAUUGCCUAAUUUUUUGUCGGGUGUUUUUGGGAUUUACUUUAGGAGUAACAUGGCCGGCUAUAUUACCACUUGCUGCCAAUUGGAUUCCACCAAAUGAACGUAGCAAGUUCAUGUCCAACAUGAUGGCUUCUACUUUAGGCGCAGCUAUUACAUUACCGGUCUGUGGUAUACUAAUUUCUGCAUGGGGAUGGGAAUCGGCAUUCUAUAUUACGGGACUAGUAGGUCUUGCGUGGUCCGCGUUAUGGUUUAAUUUGGUUUUUGAAACACCUGCUGUUCAUCCUAGAAUAAGCGAAUUCGAAAGAAAUUAUAUUGAAACAGAAAUAGCUAAGCAAAGCAAACCUGGUACAAAGCCAAAAAAACUGCCAUGGAUAAAAAUACUUACGUCAUUACCGGUAUGGGCCAUAGUUAUUACACACGGAGCUAGUGUCUUUGGUUAUUUUACUAUUGUCAAUCAGUUACCUACUUACAUGAAAUAUUUACUUCAUUAUGACAUUAAAUCGAAUGGUUUUCUAUCUAGUCUUCCUUAUUUGGGUAAAUAUGUAAUGGCGUUGUUUGCUGGAAUAGUUGCUGAUCGUUUACUAAAUUCUGAAAAAAUAUCAAAGACAAUGACUAGAAAAAUCUUUACUUUUAUCGGUGUAUUUACGCCAGGACUUUUGAUGAUCUUACAAGUGUAUCUUGGAGAUAAUCAAGUGUGGUCGGUAAUAAUAUUUACUAUUGCAUUGACAAUGAACGGAGCUGUGACGGGUGGUUAUCUUGGAAAUGGUUUGGACAUAGCUCCAAAUUUUUCUGGCACAAUAUUUGGUAUGGCAAACACACUGUCUUCGUUUGGAGGGUCCUUGUCAUCAUACAUAGUGGGAAAACUAACGAAUAACAAUCAAACAUUUGAGCAAUGGUGCAUUGUAUUUUGGAUUUUGGCUGCGACAUAUAUGUGUGGCGCUAUGGUAUUUUUAAUAUUCGGAACAGCGAAAACGUUAUCGUGGAAUUCCGGACCCAAUGCAGAAGAAUCAAAUGGUGUUCAUUCAAACGAAAUGGAAGCGAUGAAGCCAUUGAAAACUUCAUCAAAUUCUCAAUGAUUUAAUGAAGAAAGAUUUUUUGGAACAAAGACAAAAUAAUAUAAAAUGACCACUGUUUAUUAAUGUACAGAUUACAAUUUUUAUUUUUAAACAAUGUACAUACGUUGACGUUAGUAUUUAUUAUAUAAAUCUUAAUAUCUAACACAGGAUAUCAAGUGGAAUAUUAUAAAAUUAUUCACAUUGAUGAAGAGACUAAUAAACGAAACAUUUUUUUUUUUUAA